CCAUCAUCCGGCUGGAGGCUUCAGCUCUCAGCCGAGCGGACCUGGCCAGGCUGCCCGGGUCUUCACCCAUCAGCAGCCCCUUCUCUGCCACAAUUCUGGGUCGAAACCAGGCUUUGGGACUGUACAGCUCAUGCGUAAUUACGCUGUCGUGUAUCUGUGGGCAUAAGGACGGGAGGAUCGAGCGAUGUCUGCGCCGGGUUUCACGAACCUGAACAGCUCCGUGAGCUACAGCCAGAACUCGACACCGAACGGCGGAGCUGCUCCUCUCUAUCAGAACGGUCCAGCACAGGCAUACCAAUCUAUGUAUCCACCAACAGGCUGCUAUGGAGCCCCGCCUCAACAACAAAGCUACCCUACCAUCCCUGCCCAUUCCACCCCUGCUCCCAGUAAAGCAUCCAUUACGAACAGUCCACACAGUGCUAGCUACUACCAGAGCAACCAUCAGCAGCAGCAGCACAUCCCUCAGCAUCAUGUAGCACCAUCCACAUACAGUGCUCCACCUUCUCAGCCAUACGCCACACUCCCCUCUGCCGGACCGCCACCAUCAAAUGUGCAGUACAGCCAACAGCAGCAUCAUCAGCCAUAUGCUGCUCCAGGAUCCUACUAUGGACAGCAGUCAUACCACCCUCCCCCAGCACAACAAUCCUCUCAGCAGCAGCAGCCAACUUUGGUGCCUGCUCCAGCUAGCGGCCCUGGAGCUCCCCUCUACCCAAUUGUUUCGUACCCCUCUGCACCAGGGAGCAGCCAGUACGGCACCCUGAAUUCCACCCAGAACAACUCCACACCUGGGGUCAUGCCUACUCAGAUGGGUGCCCCCCUACAUCAAUACAACACCUCACGGCCAGCCUCCACAACAACAGUACAGCCUGGGUACAGUGUGGCACCUCCAAGUCAGCUGGUGCCGACAGUCAACGGUCAAGGAAGCACAGCCCACCAACACUAUGACCAAAGCCAUCAGGCCUCUCUGAGCUACAACUCGUACGGUGGGGUCAGUCACAACAGUGGCAGCGCUGAUGCAGACCGACCGCCCUCAGGGACCCCCUCCACUUCAGUUCAUUCCUCACCGGGCCACCAUCAAGGCACGCAGUAUGGAUAUGUUGCUAAUAGUGGAACUAGCUCUGCCCCUGCCACCACCUCAGGCCCAGCUGCAGCCCCCUCGUCAUCCAGCUCUGAUGAUGACGAUGAUGAUGAGGAGGAGGAUGAGGAAGCAGGUGGUGACACGUCCUCUUCCUCUACUGGCAGUGCCUCUCCGGUUCCCAACAGCUAUGAAUCCCUAGAAGGAGGCAGCUUUCCUGACCCCAUGCCGCCUUCUAAUGAUAUGACCAACCAGACUGCGUCCUACGGUAGCUAUGGUUACUCCAGCAUGCAGCCAGCCUAUCAUCAGGGACCGGCCUCCCACAGUGACUCUUCCCCCUGCCAUGAUUUGUAUGGACAGUCGAGCUACCAGCAGUACUCUCAGCCGUUUCCAAACCUGUCCCAGCUGUCUGCGGCUUUGGGGGGAAUCGGCGGGGUGCCGGAGCUUGAAACGGAGGCACUGAGGCCGGUAAACCUGCUGCAGGAGAGAAACCUGCUGCCACCCAGACCUGUCGAAGCCCCCGAGCCAAACCUCAGCCACGAUCUCAAGAAGGUCAACUGCAGUCCACAGACAUUCAGGUGUACCCUGACCAGUAUCCCACAGACGCAGGCAUUGCUCAACAAAGCCAGGCUUCCUCUGGGACUCCUCCUCCACCCCUUCAGAGAUUUACAGCAGCUGCCAGUGAUCACAUCAACCACAAUAGUGCGGUGCCGAUCCUGUCGCACCUACAUCAACCCGUUUGUCACAUUCCUGGAUCAGCGCAGGUGGAAGUGCAACCUCUGUUAUCGAGUCAAUGACGUUCCAGAUGAGUUUAUGUAUAACCCAGUCAGCAGGUUGUAUGGUGAGCCACAUAAGAGACCAGAAGUCCAAAAUGCCACUGUGGAGUUCAUCGCCUCCUCAGACUACAUGUUGCGGCCUCCUCAGCCUGCAGUCUACCUGUUUGUUCUGGAUGUUUCUCACAAUGCUGUGGAAGCUGGCUACCUGAAGUACUUCUGUGAAUCACUACUGGAAAACCUGGAUAAAUUGCCCGGGGAUUCACGUACUAAGAUCGGCUUCCUCACCUUCGACAACACGAUCCACUUCUACAACCUGCAGGAAGGGCUGUCUCAGCCGCAGAUGCUCGUGGUGUCGGACAUAGACGAUGUCUUCAUUCCAUCUCACGACAGUCUAAUGGUGAAUCUAAAGGAAAGCAAAGAGCUGGUGAAGGAUCUGCUGACAUCGCUUCCAGCCAUGUUCAGUCAGAGCAGAGAGACUCACAGCGCACUUGGCCCAGCCUUACAAGCCGCCUUCAAGCUUAUGUCGCCUACAGGGGGGCGAGUCACUGUGUUUCAGACACAGCUACCCACGCUGGGUGCUGGUGCUCUGCAGUCAAGGGAGGAUCCCAACCAGCGCUCCAGUAAUAAGGGAGUUCAGCACCUCGGCCCAGCCACAGACUUCUAUAAGAAACUUGCACUGGACUGCUCAGGUCAACAGAUUGGGGUGGAUCUUUUCCUGCUCAGCUCACAGUACGCUGACCUCGCCUCAAUAUCAUGUAUCUCCAAGUAUUCAGCAGGAAGCAUCUUUUACUACCCCUCCUUCCAUUUCAUCCACAAUCCGGCUCAACUAGAGAAGUUCCAGAAAGAUCUGGAGCGGUAUCUAACCAGGAAGAUUGGUUUUGAGGCGGUCAUGAGGAUACGAUGCACUAAAGGUUUAUCUAUCCAUACAUUUCACGGUAACUUCUUUGUGCGAUCUACUGACCUGCUGUCCCUGGCCAAUGUGAAUCCAGACUCUGCCUUCGCCGUUCAGAUGUCGAUCGAAGACUCUCUGGCGGACUCGUCCCUGGCCUGUUUCCAGGCUGCUCUGCUCUACACCUCCAGUAAAGGAAAAAGAAGAAUUCGGGUCCAUACUCUGUGUCUACCAGUGGUUAACCAGCUGAGUGACGUGUAUGCUGGAGCAGAUGCUCAGGCAAUCACCUGUCUGCUGGCUAACAUGGCAAUUGAUCGGUCGAUAACAUCCAAUCUAUCAGACGCCCGUGAUGCUCUGACGAACGCAGUGGUGGAUCUGGUGAACGCCUACAAGAGCAACGUGUCGAACCUGCAGCAGUCUGGCAUCGUUGUCCCUUCUUCCCUGCGCCUUUUCCCCGUUUACAUCCUGGCUCUGCUCAAACAGAAAGCGUUGCGGACAGGCACCAGCACACGGCUGGACGAGCGAGUCUUUGCCAUGUGUGAGUUCAAGACUCAGCCUCUGCAGCAGCUGAUGAGGAUGGUUCACCCUGACCUUUACAGGCUGGACAACAUGUCUGACCAGGGGGCGCUCCAUCUAAACGACGCUGUCGUACCCCAGCCUCACCUGCUCCACCUGUCUGCUGAGAGAGUGAGCAGAGACGGCGCUUUCCUCAUGGACUGUGGCAACGUGUUUUAUCUGUGGAUUGGCAAGUGCUGCAGUGAGAUGUUCAUCCGAGAUGUUCUGGGCUGCCCCAACUACGCCUCAAUACCCCCCAACAUGAGUCACAUUCCUGAGCUGGAGACGACUCUGUCUGAGAGAGUGCGAGCGCUCCUCGACUGGCUGCAGGACAACCGAGUGUUCAGCUCCAUGAUUUACGUCGUCAAGGACGACGCUUCAGCUAAAGCCACUUUCUUUCAACACAUGGUGGAGGAUCGGUCCGAGUCUGCUUCCUCUUACCAUGAAUUCCUGCAGCACAUUCAGCAGCAAAUGUCCUAGUAUGCUGUCACACAGAGACAAACUCUGUAUCUUCAAACCAGAGCAAGAAGAGGAUUUCUGUCUCGUAGAGUCAAAACUAGCGUUAGCAAAAUGGACAAGAAAAUGUCGCUCCUUUUAUCGGAGAGGGAUUCCUCCUCACUGAGACAAAUCCACCAUCAAAGCUCAUGGGUCAGCCGUGAUCAGAGCAUCAUAUGAUGUAGAAAAAGAAUAAAGAAUUAAAGAAAUAAAUAAAUGAAGGAUUUUCCACUUUGAAACUAAAAAUCUCCUCCAGCCUCUUGUUACAUCAUUGCUACUGAGAAAACAAAAAGGGGAGAACGUCGAGCCAAGAAGAUGCCACUUCAACAUGUUUUAGUUUGUUUCUUCUGUGAGCCUCACAUGUAGCUAGUGCUGUCCUUUUUUAUUGUUAUUUUCUAAUUUAUUCCCCUCCUUUCAGUUCCUUUGGUUUUACUUUAAGACUUUUUAAAUACACUGGAGAACAGAAACAAACAUUCCUUCUGUUGUUUAUCGGCAUGUACUGUGGAGUCGCAUGUCGUUUUUCUGUUUGCUGCUAGUCUGCCAGUAGAAGACAACCACAAAUCUGUGUAACGGGAUCAAAACUCGACAGUGUUUGGAUGUUUUUAAAAAACCCAUGUCGGCUUCCUUUUUUCUCCUCUGCUGCAUCCUCCCCUGAUUUGUCAACUUCGCUCCCAAACUGUCAAAAACUGUCUUGUCAUUUGUUUUAUUUUUCUCCAGGCGCUAACUGAAGUUGCUAUCUACUUUGUAACUAUUGAAAAGAAUCUUUUAUGUGCGAUAAUUUAUGAAUCAGCUUAUUAAAUAAAAACAAAAACAGA